AUGGCUGCGUUGUGGUUCUUAUCCUGUCUGGCAUUUUUCACCUGCGGGGAUCCUGCCAUUAAGCCCGUCAUCACAGGUUACUCCCGUAUCGUCAACGGAGAGGAUGCAGUGCCCGGAUCGUGGUCUUGGCAGGUGUCUUUACAGGAGACAAGCGGGUGGCAUUUCUGCGGUGGGUCUCUGGUUAACGAGAACUGGGUGGUGACAGCAGCCCAUUGUGGGAUGACGACCAGGGAUCUUGUGGUGCUUGGAGAAUAUGACCGCUGCUCUCCUGAAGAGGACAUUCAGAAGCUGGCUGUUCAGCAGGUGGGUGAGGUCUUUGUCCACCCUGAGUGGGACUCCGGGAAAAUCAACAAUGACAUCGCUCUCAUCAAACUGGCCACCCCGGCCAGGUUCACUGAGACGGUGUCUCCUGUGUGCCUGACAGAUGCCACAGACUCGUUCCAGAGUGGGGACAUUUGUGUCACCACAGGCUGGGGCAAGACGCGCUACAAUGCUUUUGACACCCCGUGCAAGUUGCAACAAACAGCCCUGCCUCUCCUGUCCAAUGUGCAGUGCAUGGAAUUUUGGGGCGACAAAAUCAGUGAUUCAAUGAUCUGCGCAGGUGCAGCCGGCUCUUCUUCAUGUAUGGGCGACUCUGGUGGACCACUGGUGUGUCAGAAUGGCAACAUUUGGAAGUUGGUGGGCAUCGUUUCUUGGGGUAGCAGCCGCUGCUCGACCACCAUGCCAGCUGUCUAUGGUCGGGUCAGCGCCUUGCGUGACUGGGCGGAGCUAAUCAUGGCCAAUAACUGA